AUAUGUACCAUGUCUCAGUUUGUAACUUGUAACUUAAAUCACAAAGCCACCAAAACAACACGCAUAUCUCUAUCCAUUUUUUUUCUCUCUAUCUGUAGUCUUCAAUUUCAUGAUGGGAUACCAAACAAACUCUAAUUUCUCCAUGUUUUUUUCCUCGGAAAAUGACGACCAAAACCACCACAACUACGAUCCUUAUAAUAAUUUCUCUUCAUCAACUUCUGUUGAUUGCACUCUCUCACUUGGAACACCCUCUACUCGUCUCGACGACCACCAUAGAUUUUCUUCUGCUAAUUCUAACAACAUCUCCGGCGACUUUUAUAUUCACGGAGGAAACGCUAAGACUUCUUCGUACAAGAAGGGUGGUGUUGCUCAUAGCCUACCUCGCCGUUGUGCUAGCUGCGACACCACUUCAACUCCUCUAUGGAGAAACGGACCAAAAGGACCUAAGUCGUUAUGUAACGCGUGUGGAAUCCGAUUCAAGAAAGAGGAGAGGCGUGCGACGGCCAGAAACUUAACGAUCUCCGGUGGAGGUUCAUCAGCGGCAGAAGUCCCAGUAGAGAAUUCGUACAACGGAGGUGGAAACUAUUACAGUCAUCAUCAUCAUCACUAUGCCUCGUCGUCGCCGUCGUGGGCUCAUCAGAACACACAAAGAGUUCCAUAUUUCUCACCGGUUCCGGAGAUGGAAUAUCCCUACGUGGAUAACGUCACGGCUUCUUCUUUUAUGUCUUGGAAUUGAGUGUCACGUGAGCAAGUCCGACUUCGAUCGCCUUCUUUACCAUUUUGACGAGAUGAAGAAGAAACGUUAAUUAUAUAAAUCAUGAUGAUGAUGAUGAAAAGUUAAUUAUCAUAGAUUCUAUCACACAAAGUAAAACCAGUCUUGGUCAAAUUCAUUAUUGUUAUAGUUUUUUUUUUCGACUCUAGCUACUUGUGUUUUCUUUUCACGACUUUUUUGAAAGCUAUAUUGGUGUUAAUGAUAAAUACGUAGUUUAUAACCCUUUUCAUGAUGUUUCCACUUACUUUGACCGUAUAUGAUACAUAUAUUUCAACU